UUCGGUGGCAUUCAGAAUGGCUGAAGCUGUGCCGUUUGGGGCCGAGUCCCUGGCGGGAGGCAGGGCACGAGCUGCGCGCAGAGUACUGGAUCAGGUGGUGCUCCCGGGUGAGGAGCUGCUGCUGCCGGAACAGGAGGAUGUGGAAGGCCCUGGUGGUGCGGGGGAGCGACCGUUGCGCCUUAAUGCUGGGGCGCGCUCGCGAUUACGCGUAGUGUGCGGCCCCGGCUUGCGGCGCUGCGGGGACCGCCUGCUGGUUACAAAGUGUGGCCGCCUUCGUCACAAGGACCCCGGGAGCGGCAGCAGUGGUGGUGUUUACUGGGUGGACUCCCAACAGAAGCGGUAUGUACCUGUGAAAGGAGACCAUGUGAUUGGCAUAGUGACAGCUAAAUCUGGAGAUAUAUUCAAAGUUGAUGUUGGAGGGAGUGAGCCAGCUUCUUUGUCUUAUUUGGCAUUUGAAGGUGCAACUAAAAGAAACAGACCAAAUGUGCAGGUUGGAGAUCUCAUCUAUGGUCAGUUCGUGGUUGCUAAUAAAGAUAUGGAACCAGAGAUGGUCUGUAUUGACAGCUGUGGACGAGCCAAUGGAAUGGGUGUGAUUGGACAUGAUGGUCUGCUUUUUAAAGUGACUUUGGGCCUAAUUAGAAAGUUAUUAGCUCCAGAUUGUGAAAUCAUACAGGAAGUGGGAAAACUCUAUCCACUGGAGAUUGUGUUUGGAAUGAAUGGAAGAAUAUGGGUAAAGGCAAAAACCAUUCAGCAGACUUUAAUUUUGGCAAAUAUUUUAGAAGCUUGUGAACACAUGACAGCAGAUCAAAGAAAACAAAUCUUUGCCAGAUUGGCAGAAAGUUGAUACAUGUGGACUUCUUCAAUGGGUCAGUUGAGCCAAGAGACUAUGGGUUUCCUGGGAAAUUUUUUUCAGGUUAAUUUCUCCCUAUUAAAUCUUCAGAAGACAGGAUGUGUUGUCAAAUAUUGUGCAUUCACAUCUUCUAAAUAAAUAUUUUUAUAAGAAAGUUACUGGUUUUCACUCAUGUUGUGUGGGUGAGAAAAAUCAUGUUUUUAUGUUCUAUAUAAUAAAGUUUACUAGUAUCAUGGCUUACUUAUUUGAAGUUAACUCCCUUUGUUUUGCUAGAGUACAGCUUCAGUAAAUCAGCAUUAAAAUAUUUUCUGGUCAUUAUGGUAAAACUUUUCACGAAGGAAAUGAAGAAUACAUAAAAAGUCUAUAGAGGUAAACACCUGUAAUCUCAUUUGUCAGUGGAAGAGUAAAGCUAACCAUGUUUAUCAUGCAGCAUGUAUUGUUCCAAAGUUUUUACAUGGAUUAAGAAAUUUAUUCUUAGUAACUACAGAAGACACUUACCCUCAUAGUUGAGGAAACAGGUACAAAAUUAAGCUUGACCUACAUUCUCAAGCACUAUGUGUAUGUAUGUUUUUCAAACUGGAAUUACAGGGUAUUUUCUUAUAUACUACUUAUAAUGGACUGAUAAAUUCCUUUUAUGACUAUU